GUAUAUGCAAAAUAUGUGAAUGGAUGAUUGCGUGUUAAUCAUAUCUUUUGUUUUAAUGGAAAAACUAUUUAAACUAAAACUACAUAGCUCUACAUUGAUUAUAAACAACAGAAUUUUUCAUAACAUCUUUCUCAAUCCUAGAAUGCAAGAAAAAAUUGGUAACACUGCACAAGUUUGUAUUGUACAACCUGAAAUGUUAUGCUGCUUAAAUAUCUGAAUAUUAUAAAAUGAAAUUAUCAUCUUUAUCACGUUUUAUUAUUAUGUUUUAAAGUGCUGAUUAAAUAUUUAAUAUAACACAACAAGAUGCCAUAAUGUUAGUGAGGAAUAUAAUAUAAAGUUAUAUAUUUUGUGUAACAUAAGCUACCAUUGAAAGAUAUUAUGAAUAUAUACAUAUGUAUGUAUAUUAUAUCAAUCGAUGCAUUAUUUUCUACGCGGAGACUGAUGCAUUCAUUAGUGUUUUAUCAUAGAAAUUACUUUACAAGAGCGGUGUUUUUAUAAAAUUCCACCACUUGAUGCUAACGCCACCUAGGAGUACAAUACUAUUUAAAUUGAAUCGCGAGAAGCCAACUUAAUCGGUAGAGUUUGCGUGUUCUCCAUGUCACCGAUGUCCCCGUGCAAUAAAUCGGAAAGGAAUGGUCCUCCUCCUCCGAGAUAUUCUGUUACUACAGUUCCUCCCUGCACUUCGUUCGAGACAGAUCAAAGGAAUAGUAACUUAAGUCCAGUGUUAUUAAGAAACAAAAUAUCUUGAUCUUAAAAAAAGUUUAAUAUACUUCAAACAUGAUGCGACGAAAAAGGGGUGGUUUAAAGACUGCGCGAAAGAUGGCUAAAAAGACAACACCGGCGGCAUUACAAACUGAAAUUUCUAAUAACGAGGAAUGGGAGAAGCUUCUUACAAAACCAGGGUUAAUAGUAGUCGACAUAUAUUCAGAAUGGAGUGGACCCUGCACAGGAAUGGUAAGCACCCUUAAAAAAAUCAAAAUGGAAAUUGGAGGAGAUACGUUGAGUUACGCCAUGGCAAUGUGCGAUUAUAUCACGAACUUAGAACGUUUUCAAGGGAAAAGUGAACCAACAUGGAUGUUCAUACACAAUGGUCGGAUGGUAAAUCUUAUAUUUGGUGCUGACUGCCCACAAUUAUUAAAAGUAUUAACAAUGGAAUUGCAACGAGUACAAAAUAACGAGGAACACGAGUUUUCUUUAGAUGUAUCGGAAAGAAGUCCAGAAGAAAUAAAACGAUUAAAAAUUAUUGAAGAAACUAGAAUAGCUAAAGAAACGGCAAAGAAGGCUCGAAAAGAAGCGGAAGCUAUAGCACGGUAUGAAGCCGAAAUGUUGUAUCUGACUACUUCACUAAGCAAAGAAACUUGCCUUUUACUUUUUCCGUGGGUUUUUAAGGAUGAAGAAUGUCAUAAAAGAGAUAAAAGAUCUAGCCCUCCGUACAUAGAAUUGGUCGAAGAAAUACUAAUAGGAAAUUACACCGUCGAGCAAGAAAUACGAAAACGACUCGAUGAAGAUAUUCUAUCUAGGAUGUUUAAUGAAUCUCAUUACGUAUUAUCACCAAAUGCUAAACAACUACUUCUAGAUGGGAAAUGUAUGUUUAUGCGAUUAAAAGUUAGCGAAACAAAGCCAGAAAUUGAUAUUCAUAAAUACUUGUUAAAUCUUUUAUUUGGAGAACCGAAAUUACCCAAUACGGAAACAAUUCUUAAUGAAGAAUGUUACGCUGGUCGACAUCGCCCUGCGUAUAUAACAAGCGGAAAUGAAAUUUUUCCAAUCGUAUGGACACCACCAAAUUGUCGAAAUAAGGCAAUUGUUUUUCGCACUAUUUUUCCAACAUAUACCAAUACUACAUAUCACUAUGAAGACAAAACUACGAAGGUACCUAUAGUAGUAUUCAAAUAUGACUACAUGAGAAGGAAUGAGCUAAAAAUGGUUUUACAAGAAUUUGAAGACGAAGUAGUUAACUUUGGCAUUUUUGAAUCUGAUAAGCCACUAGAAGCAAAACUUAUAGCAAAGAAUAUUACGGAAUUUGAAUUGAAUACAAGAGAAAGAACAGGAUACGAGAUAUUUGUAUGUGUUGUAAAAAAAGUAGAAUGUGAAGCGUUUUUAGGAUUUGCAGGUAUUGGACCUUAUCAUGUAAGUGAAAAUCUGGAAAAGGGCAUAGAGGAAUCAAAACAAUACUUCCCAGAUGUUACUGCUUCCGAAGAAACACAAUCAGACGACGAAGAAAAACCGGAAGAGUUAAUAGAAAAUGCGGAAGAAAACAAGAAUGAAACAUGAAAUAUAAGUUACAGGUGUAUCUAAAUUUGCAUCUUAUUUGGAAUUAUAAUUUCAAUUGUACGUUUCAUAAAAAGUGAAGGAAUUAAUAAUGUAUAAAAAUAUUGUUAUAAAGCCAACAUUUAUUUUCCAGCCACCUACACUUGCUAUAUGAAAGAAUAUAGAAAUAGACAAACUGUCUAAAUAUUGCAAGUCAAUGUAAGGAUAUGGUACAAUAAAUGAUGGCAAAUAAACAAAAUUUAUUUUUUAUAACCACA